ACUAAUGAUGAUGGAGGGUUGUGUGUGAACACUGACCCUCACUCAGUUGUAAUGAGUAUUCUAGACAUGAGUUUGCAUCGGCAAAUGGGGUCAGAUCGGGACCUUCAGUCUUCUGCCUCAUCUGUGAGUUUGCCUUCUGUCAAAAAGGCCCCCAAAAAAAGGUCAUUUAGGUCAUUUCUAUUUAGGAAGAAAAAGGACACCAAACAUAAGUCAAAGGAUCUCAAUGGCGGGGUGGAUGGAAUUGCAAGUAUUGAAAGUAUACAUUCUGAAAUGUGUACUGAUAAGAACACAGUUUUCUCCACAUAUACCUCCUCUGACAAUGGAACAACCAUCAACAGCAAACAGAGUGGAGAGUUUAUGGAGUGUCCUUUGUGUCUUUUACGACAUUCUAAGGAAAGAUUUCCUGAUAUAAUGACUUGUCAUCAUAGAUCUUGUGUGGAUUGCUUACGACAAUAUCUGAGAAUUGAAAUCUCUGAGAGUAGAGUUAAUAUCAGAUGCCCAGAAUGCACUGAACGAUUUAAUCCUCAUGAUAUUCGCUUGAUAUUAAGUGAUCAUAUAUUGAUGGAAAAAUAUGAAGAAUUUAUGCUUAGACGGUGGCUUGUUGCAGACCCUGACUGUAGGUGGUGCCCAGCUCCAGACUGUGGAUAUGCUGUGAUAGCAUUUGGCUGUGCCAGCUGUCCAAAAUUAACUUGUGGACGUGAAGGCUGUGGAACAGAGUUCUGCUACCAUUGUAAACAGAUUUGGCAUCCAAACCAGACCUGUGAUGCUGCCCGACAGGAGAGAGCCCAGAGUUUACGUCUGAGAACAAUACGUUCUUCUUCCAUUAGUUAUAGCCAAGAGUCUGGAGCAGCAGCUGAUGAUAUAAAACCAUGUCCACGAUGUGCUGCAUAUAUAAUAAAGAUGAAUGAUGGAAGUUGCAAUCACAUGACAUGUGCUGUCUGUGGUUGUGAAUUUUGUUGGCUAUGUAUGAAAGAGAUCUCAGAUUUACAUUAUUUAAGCCCAUCAGGAUGUACUUUUUGGGGAAAGAAACCUUGGAGCCGCAAGAAGAAAAUACUAUGGCAGCUAGGAACACUCGUUGGUGCUCCUGUAGGAAUUGCUUUAAUAGCUGGCAUUGCUAUUCCUGCAAUGAUUAUUGGAAUCCCUGUGUAUGUUGGACGUAAGAUUCAUAAUCGGUAUGAAGGCAAGGAUAUUUCAAAGCACAAACGGAAUUUGGCCAUAGCUGGUGGUGUAACUUUGUCUGUAAUAGUAUCUCCAGUCGUAGCAGCAGUUACUGUAGGCAUUGGUGUUCCUAUUAUGUUGGCUUAUGUUUAUGGAGUCGUUCCAAUAUCUCUCUGUCGAAGUGGAGGUUGUGGAGUGUCAGCAGGCAAUGGAAAGGGAGUCAGGAUUGAAUUUGAUGAUGAAAAUGAUAUAAAUAUUGGUGGAACGAAUAUAGCAGUAGAUGCAACUUCAGUAGCAGAAGCACGCCACAACCCUAGCAUAGGAGAAGGCAGUGUUGGUGGGCUAACUGGUAGUUUGAGUGCAAGUGGAAGCCACAUGGAUCGAAUAGGAGUCAUUCGAGACAACUUGAGUGAAACAGCCAGCACCAUGGCACUAGCUGGAGCUAGUAUAACAGGGAGUCUAUCAGGAAGUACAAUGGUCAACUGUUUUAACCGGUUGGAAGUACAAGCAGAUGUACAGAAAGAACGGUACAGUCUAAGUGGAGAAUCUGGCACUGUCAGUUUGGGAACAGUUAGUGACAAUGCCAGUACCAAAGCAAUGGCAGGGUCUAUCCUGAAUUCCUACAUCCCACUGGACAAAGAAGGCAACAGCAUGGAGGUACAAGUCGAUAUUGAAUCAAAACCAGCCAAAUUUCGACACAAUAGUGGAAGCAGUAGUGUGGAGGAUGGAAGUAGUGCUCUUGGUCGAGGUCAUGCUGGUGGUUCAUCUGGUGGCACGUCAGAAGGUAAAGCCAGUGCCUCCAAGUGGUCCAAAGAAACAGCAAGCAAAAAACCUAAAAAUAAACUGAGGAAAAAAAGUAGCAUGAAGAUAAAUGAGACCAGAGAGGACAUGGAUGCACAACUAUUAGAGCAACAGAGCACGAACUCCAGUGAAUUUGACUCACCAUCUCUCAGCGAUAGCAUUCCAUCUGUAGCCGACUCCCACUCAAGUCAUUUCUCUGAAUUUAGCUGCUCUGACUUGGAAAGCAUGAAAACUUCCUGUAGUCAUGGCUCCAAUGAUUAUCACACACGUUUUGCUACUGUUAGCAUUCUUCCUGAAGUAGAAAAUGACCGCCUGGAAAACUCUCCCCAUUCAAGUGGCAUUCCUGUGCUAACUACCCCUGCUGAAGUUCCACCAUUGAGUUAUAUUGCUGAAGAGCGUGGGAGCUGUGUGACAACAGCCAGUGUAGAUCUCUGUUUUGGUGAGGGAGUAAAGGAAACAAAUAACAAUGAUUCACAACAGGUUAUGGAAUUAAAUACUACAAUUCAGACUGAAAUUUAGACCUUUAAGUGCUGCAAGAUAUAUACCACUGAACAGCCCUGUCUGGAGCUGGUUGAACUACCUGUGACUACUGUAAGUUUCAAGUUACCAGCAGAAGCCAGGUUUCAUAAUAAUGAUGCAAUCAUAUUUUAUAUGUAACAAGGCAAAAUGCUUCAUGUGGAUCUUAGUUACCAAACUCUUAUGAAGUGAAGUGAAGCUUUAAAUGUACUUUACAACAGGACAAUAAACCAUAAGAUCAAAGCUGAUGUUUUGUGUGUUUGCCACAAAACUUUGCUUUAAAAUACAUACUUGUGUAUUCAGAUAGAAAUUUGGCUUAAUUUAUAAUGGAUAUAUGAAAUACUAAUGUAAUCCUUCAACAUUCUCAUGAAAACUUGAGACUUUCUGAUAAAUGGGUAGUGGCAAUUUAUGAAAACCACUAAGGGAAACUGUUUAAAAGAAACAGGAGUCUCCCAUGAUCCUUGCAGGUAAUUCUACAAUAGCCGAUGUCCUUUAUAACAUUUCUACUCAUAACUGGGCACAAAUUUUUCCCCUCUAUCUGGGGUGAAUCAUAUGCAAUGUGGAUAUACAAAGCUUAAUGCAGCCCAUUUACUACUGUUUGGAUACUUGUACACUUUGAGCAAUGUUAUGGCAAUUUUUGCACAACUUUGAAAUAGAGAAACAUGGUACGUGGUAUAUCUUGUAUAAUGUUUAUAUCACUUUACUAGAAAGCUGUAAUGGUAAUUAAGUAGACAGACAGCAACAGAUAAUGAUAAGAUAUAUACAAAAUGUAAAAUAAGACUCCAUUGGUUUAUAAGCAUUUUAAAGAAACAGUUACUUUUUUUCAUCAAGGGGAAGAAUGUGCCCCACUGAUUCUUGGUGCCUUUGGAAUAGACUGGGUUUUAAGUGCCUGGUUGUUUGAGGAUUUUACUGUGUUAUUUCCUAGAACAUCCUCUGUGGCCACCUAGGAUUAGAACUAAAAACUGCAGAUCACAAAAUGAUCGUGGUAGAGAGGGAAACACGUAAUUUUUAUUGAUGAUGAUGAUGAUGAUAAUGAUGAUGAUGAU